GGUAAAAGAACCAUAUAGUGAGUUAGAUGAAUUCAUAACUGAGGACGUGUGGAAACAAUUGCUUCACAUGCAUUUAAAGGCAACUGACAGACAGAAAUUAAGAAAAAAUUUAGUAAUUGUCACAAAACUUGGCCUCUUUGUUCAGACAGUUAUUAAAACAGUUUUAAUUGCAAUGAGAACUAAGGAUGAUAUACAAAUGAUCAUUAAAAAGUGUGAUAAAGACACCAUUGACUUGGAAAUACCAACUAAACUUAGAAUAGUAAAG